GCAGGGAGGGGCGAGAGGCCGCGCCGCCGUCCGCGAGGCUGCUCUGCCCGGCCCCUGGCACGGGAGGCGGGCCCGGGCCGCCGCCGCCGCCCGUUCGUGGGGCGGAGGAGCGCGGCCGGAGCGUUGAACGUCUGCGGGGCUCCGCGUGGGGCCCGGCGCCGCGGGGGCGGCGCUGCUGGGCCGGAGCGGAGCCCGCCGGCGGCUCCCCCGCGCUGCCGCCUCGCCGCCGCCGACCCGCGGCAGCGGCGCCGGGCGCUUUCCGUCGCAGGGAGGCCGAGCACGGCCGGCCGAUGGCGAGGCGAGAGGACGGGCGGGACACGCGGGACUGGGCGUACAGGGUUGAUCCAUAUGGGUUUGAAAGGCCAGAAGACUUUGACUAUGCGUCCUAUGAAGCAUUCUUUUCCAGAUACCUAGCGGUGCUCACUAGAAGAGCAAUAAAAUGGUCCAAGCUCUUAAAGGGGACUAAUGGAAUACAGAAAAGUUUAAAAGUGAAGAGAUAUAUCAGGAAAGGCAUCCCCAAUGAACACCGUGCAUUAGUCUGGAUGAUUGUGAGUGGGGCUCAAGCCAACAUGGAACAAAACCCUGGAUACUACCACAGACUGCUUGAGGGAGAGAAAAAUGACAAGCUGGUUGAAGCAAUCAAAACAGACAUGAAUAGAACAUUUCCAGAUAAUGUAAAAUUCCGCAAAACUGCUGAUCCCUGUUUGCAGCACACGCUCUACAAUGUGUUGGUAGCAUAUGGGCAUCAUAAUAAAGCAGUCGGAUACUGUCAGGGCAUGAAUUUCAUAGCUGGAUACUUGAUUCUUAUUACAAAGAAAGAAGAGGAGUCCUUUUGGUUGUUAGAUGCUCUUAUUGGAAGAAUAUUGCCUGAUUAUUACAGUCCUGCAAUGAUGGGCCUGAAGACUGAUCAGGAGGUUCUUGGAGAACUUGUGAAGAUGAAAGUUCCAGCUGUGGCAGACUUGAUGGAGAGACAUGGAGUCAUGUGGACCCUAGUGGUGUCACGCUGGUUCAUAUGCUUGUUUAUCGACAUUCUUCCCAUAGAGACUGUGCUCCGUAUAUGGGAUUGUUUAUUCUAUGAGGGGUCAAAGAUCAUCUUUCGCGUGGCCUUAACCUUAAUUAAGCAACACCAAGCUUUUAUUUUGGAAGCCACAAAUUUCCCUGACAUCUGUGAUAAAUUUAAGGAGCUCACCAAAGGGACAUUUGUAACAGAGUGUCACAGUUUUAUGCAGAAAAUAUUCACAGAACCUGGAAGCUUGUCCAUGGCAACAAUCAACAAACUCCGAGAGACUUGCCAUGAGAAGCUACUAUCUCAGGGAUAACUCACCAGACUUAACCAAGUGGUCAGAAAUGACAAAUUGACACAUUCCUCUAUUUGCACUGACUAAAGCACACUUUAAGCUUUCCAUGAGUUAACUGACACUUGACCAAUUUUUUCCUGCCUUUCAAAUAAGUGUUGUUAACACUUUGUACUGUAUGUCAGACUUGAUAACUGGAACUACUGGAAACUGGUGGUUUGUUAUUUCUUUUUUCUGUUUUUUAAAGUGUUUUCAGAGUAGAAUGUGAUCCUAAAAAUAGUCACUGUCCUUGUCUUUUCAGGGCAUUUUGCAAUGUUAGAGAAAACAGGUAUAUGGAAAUACAUAUCCUUCCUACUGUAUUACCUGUGACACCUCUAUCAUUUGUACAAAAUAAAUGUAAUUUAGUUUGUCAAAA